CGUGACUGAUUGCGGAUAAACUUCACCAUCUUCCCGACCUCUUCUUCUCGAAUGGGCCGGAGCGACUUCACCCGCCGUUCCCCAAGCAGCUCCAUGGCGCAGAUCUUCCGCAUCCGCCGCCAGUGGGCCCCGUCGGACGGCGAGAACAGGAUGUCCCUGGCGUCGUAGAAGAUGAUGUUGCCCGACGGCAUGGGAGACCUGACGGCGAAGUUCUGGUCGUGGGUUUUGAGGAACUCCCUGGCCAGUUCAGGGGACGA